AAAUUACAGGUGAUGUGUCUUUGAAAGAAAAGACAAUUACAAGCAGAAGCAAAAGUCGCAGUUUUGAUUUUCUUUUUAAUUAUUUGCUUAAGACCUGUUAAGGAUGGGAUCUUUCUUUUCAAGUAUAUUUAACCGUUUACUUGGUAAAGAAGAGGUCAGAAUACUAAUGAUUGGCUUAGACAAUGCAGGAAAAACGACGAUUCUAUACCGACUCAAACUUGAAGAGGUCGUUUCAACCGUUCCUACUCUGGGGUUUAACGUAGAAACUGUGACUUACAAGAACAUAAGCUUCACUGUCUGGGAUAUCGGAGGGCAGGAUAAGAUCCGUGCUCUUUGGAGAGUGUACUAUCAAGGCUGCCAGGGAAUAAUAUUUGUUGUGGAUAGUGCCGAUAGAGAGAGAGCUGAAGAAGCGAGAAACGAGCUACACAAGUUGCUCGCUGAGGAGGAGUUACAGCAAGUUAUUCUGCUUGUGAUCGCGAAUAAACAGGACAUGGCUAAUGCGAUGACUGCCUCGGAGAUCAGAGAGAAGUUAAAAUUGAACGAGAUCCGGGGCAGACCGUGGUUUGUGCAGUCCGCUUGCGCUGUAAAGGGCGAAGGACUAUUUGAAGGGCUGGACUGGAUGGCGACGCAGAUUCGAAACAAUAAAUAUUGGGUCUCGUGAAUUUGAUACUCAAAAGAAUAGAAGCCUAUGAUAUAAUGGCUUUUUACUAUGAACAGGCAUUUCUAGUAUUUAACACUGGUGUUUUUGCACAUUUUGAUCGGGUGACUAGUUUAACAUUUAUCAACAAGAAAGGUACAACUUAUCAAUGAUAAACACUUUGACCAGAAACUUCAAUGUAUGUGGAAACAGCAGGCCUUUUCUGCCAAGGAAGUGUACUUUGCGUUAGAUUGCUGAAAACAUUAAAAUGGCACUAUAUAGAGAUUACUGGAAUUGUAACUCAUCACGUUAUGACCAAAAGGAUGAUCCAGGAAUUUCUGUAUAGGUGGUUGCUGAAGCAAGUGAUCCAUGAGAAGGGGGCAGAUAUAUUGGAAUUUAUAAAAGAGGGCGGAGUUAUUGGAAUGACAAAAGGGCAGCUUCAUUGCUUUUUUUGUGGGUUUUUUGACCACAUCUAAAGUCCCCCUAUGCAAUCUAUACAACUGGAUGACUGGCACUUUUAUUGCUUUCUCAUUGACUCCAACUUCUGGAUUGAUGGUCGUGUCCAUCUGCACAAAUCUAAUGCAGGUUCCGUUUAGUGUAAAUUGCUUGGUAGACAGAAAUUUUAUAGCCUUGAUGGUCUGAAUGUAAAACGAAACUUUUGUUGUCUUCUGUCACACCUUUUCAUUAAAUAGUUUUUUUCCUUUAUUUUUGUAAAUCAUUAUGGGUGUAAAUUUACUAUGAUGAGGUAUUGUUAUGGAUAUGGUGGUGAUAUAUUCCCUAGCAUGCAGCUUUUUAUUUAAAGAUUGUGGCACAAA